GCGAGAGAGCAGUGAAUCGUGCAGUCGAGCAUUGCUGUGUUGAGUGUCGGACACAGACUUCUACAAUUGGCUACACUCUCCACUUCAAGAAAAAAAAAACACUUAUGCAUGGAAGCUCGUACACGCACUGAAACAAAUAAUGUGAAAAUUGAAAGCAUGUGUACUUUGUCCGUUUAAACCCGUCAAUUCUACUUUCUAGUUUUUUUAAUCGACUUCAAAAUUAUUCAAAUCUUUUGGAUACGCGACGUGAGAUGCCGCAAUGUUUCGAGGAGUAUGGCCACGCGUAAGCAUUUUGUGGAUUUUGUCAACAGUUUUGUUUUUUGCAAAAGUAGAGGAUGUUGACUCUUACAGCUGUCAUGAGGUGAAAACCGCGUUUCAAAUGCGGCAGAUAGGUCGGCUGAAAUGGGUACCGGAGGUACCUGGCACAGAUGUGGACCUGCUGGUGUGUAAACACCAGGGCCCAUCCUGCUGUACUCGCAAGAUGGAGGACAGCUACCAGGCAGCGGUGAGACGGGAGACUCUUCAAAACAUCCACUCCUACAGCUUCGAGCUCAAGUACCUCAUCUCAGGACAUGCACUCGCCUUCCAGGAUACCUUCCAGUACCUGCUCUCCUUUUCGCAGGGUCACCUCAGCUCCCUGCUGGAGAAUUCCUUCUCCUCCCUCUCCCGCCACGCACUCCCCCACGUCAACCAGCUCUUCUCCACCCUCUCCCUCUUCCUGCGAGGCAGCGACGUCGACGUGGAGGCCGCCGUCCACAGCUUCUACGACAACCUCUUCCCCCUGGUGUACAAGCGGCUGGUCAACCCCGGCAUCUCGUCGGAGGAUACGGUCGACCGGCUCGACUGUCUCAGGAUGACCCGCCAGGACAUCAACCCCUUUGGGCCCCACCCAGCUGCGCUGGCUCUGGAGCUGGGGAAGGCACUGGGGGCCGGCCGCGCCUUGGGCCUGGCGCUGGAGGAAGGGGUGGAGGUGGUGAACGCCACGGAGCACGUGGGGCUGUCACGGGAGUGCACUAGGGGGUUGGUGAAGAUGCAGUACUGCUCUCACUGCCGGGGGCUCACUCUCAUCAAACCGUGCGUGGGCUACUGUCUGAACGUGCUGCGUGGGUGCCUGGCCAGCGUGGCCGAGCUGGACCAGCCCUGGAGGCGCUACAUGGCCGUCCUGGAGGAUCUGACCCACGCCAUAGCAGGCCAGCACAGCUUGGAGCUGGCACUGCUGGGGGUCAGGGAUCAGGUGAACAAAGCCAUCCUCCAUGCUCAGCUCAACGGGUCCCUGAUCACCACCACUGUUCUAGAGGUCUAG